AUGAUCUACGACAAUGGCGAGAACAGCUCAGACACGGAGACCCUGACUUCAGCAACGCUGAACCGUCUCCAAGAUAUCAUGAGUGGCUACCGGGAGCAUAUUCAGAAGGCUUCGCGGAUUAACAAACAUCGCAUUAUGCGGAAUGCAGUGACUGUGUUCGCCUCGCAGGUCGCUGGGAUUCUGUCAAACGGGGAUGUGUUUGAACCCGCUGUUUUGGAUACGAAUGUAAAGCGGGCGGAAGCUACCAUUGAUGAUUGGAUACAACGAAGUUUGGGCAUCAAGAUUGCGGACAGUACACAUGUUCGAGCGUGCGCUCCGCAGGGAAGCUACGAGACUGUGAAGUCGGCCCUGAACACUGCUCUGAAUGCCGCACAAACAAACACCACCUUACCGGACCCGGUCAUUUACAUUACGGACGAUGUGCAAGCCAAAGCCCUCGAGUACGCAUUAACUACCAGCAUGGUGAAGCUGCGCAAGAACGCCAACGCGUCCGUGCGAAGAGUUCCUACUCUACCCGACGGCGACAGCAUGGACUUGAAAGCGCUGGAAAACCUCAUCGUGGAAGACAUCGCCAACAGACGACGCCCGUUUUUUGUCGUCGCUAGACUUUUCAGCUACGUGACUGAGGAGGUGUCUGAUCUGGAUGCGUUGAGGAGGUUGUGUGAUUCCGAGGGUUUAUGGCUUCAUGUCGAAGGAAAUUUCGGACCACCGAUAUCCAACCGCGCAUGCAAUUACUACCCCAGCGAAGCAGUCGAAUCCACCGCAAACUCGUAUGCGAUCCACUUCGCGCAGUUCUUUGGACACCUGCCUGUUCCCUCCAUCGUCCUAUCACACAGAUCGCACUCAGAUCACCGUCGAGAGAUCCACGAAGACUUGCGUCCACCGUCUUCCAAAGUGGUAGCAUUGCAUGCGGAUCCCGCGUCGGGGAGACUGGAGCCGACGGAGCAUCUGUAUCCGGCGCUACAGCUUGCCAAUAAUCAUGAGGAUGCCCAUAAAUUGCAGUGCACGCUGGCGCUGUUUGUGGCUACGCAGGUGCUUUCCUUGGAGUAUUUUAUGGCUGAGUUCAAUUUGCGGUGGCAUGCUCUUGAGACGUUCACAGAGCAAGUACACCGAUCGCCUUCCCUCAAGCUCCUCUCGGACACAUGCCACAGCUCGUUGUUGAUCCGGUUCGACUCUGGGGACGCGGGCUCGCCGACCGUGGAUACUUCAGCGGUCUCGUUAAACCGCGGAACCAAACAUAUAUACCUUGAGAUGCUACGUGCGUUACCCCGCCAUCCCGCCUUUGAUCUCCUCGGCAUCUCGUCCACGUUAUAUAUUAGAUGGUCCCUCUUUCCCCACGAUCCCCUCACCACAGCCGAGGACCCCACCCCAGCCGCCCACCUCUCCCUAAUCCUCUCGGAAGCGGAAAACAUCCACACCGCCAUCUCACUGCAAGACGCCUUCCGACAAGCGGUCAACACGCGGAAAGAACUGGAAUUUAUAGAGGAUAGCGCGAAUACGCCCUCGGGUGCGAAUGAGGAGACGGGGGAGGUGGCCCAGGUGGAGGAUGAUUGGAUUGGGUUGGGGGCUGUUAGGUACACACCCCUCUACAUCGACACCAACGCCGACUCGAUCGCGACGGAAGUCGUCGACAAUCUUGAUGGGCUUAACUCUGAAUUGACCGAGAAACUGCAACUCGCCCACGCCGACGAGACGAAUAGAGGGCUGUUUACGAGAUCGUUUGCGUUGUCCGAGUACCUCCCCUCGGCGCUGCGGAGCGGGAGCGGGGCGUGUGUGCGGGUUGGGUUGACGCGUGAACCGCAUACGACGGUUGGGAUUCAGAGGAUUGUGGAUGCGAUCGUGAGGGAGGGGAUGUUGUUGGAGCGUGAUUCUGCGUUUGUCGCACGCAUUGCGGACGUGAUCAAGAAGGGCAUCGAGGAAGCGGAACGACAGCUGCAGAACGAGUCGGAAGAGGAGCAACCAAGCCUCCUCCGCAUGCUCCCGCUAGUCGGCUCGGUCCUCUCCUGGUGGCGCCCCGAAACGCCCAAAAACCGCGUCCCGGUAGCCCGCACAUUCUCCAUCGCCACGGGGUUCACCACCAUCCCGCUCGUGGACGCGCCCGCGUCUUCGCGGCCGAGUAUCUCGUUGAGCAGGAUGUCAUCGCUAUUUGGGAAUGGUGGGUUUGGAGGGGCGGGGAUGUUGUCGCCUGCGAUAUCGAGUUUGUCGACGACGAGUGGGGAUGAGGGGAUGGAGGAGUUGGGAAAGUCGUUUGAGGGGUUGCAGAGGGACGAUGGCGGCGGGGAUGGUCGGUUAGGGAGGGUAGAUGAGACCGUUGCUGCUGUUGCUGCGGAUGUUGUUGCGUCGCCGAUCGGUGGAGGACCUACUCCCGUGGUGAACGUUGACCCCAAACCGGAGGUGGAGUUCGAGGCUAGCACUCCGGUCAAAGAUGCGGAAAGGAAACACGUCCCGGUGGACGCAGUGGGUGAACAUCAAGCCAGUGAAUCCAAUGGCCAGGACGCAAUCAUCACAGAACGACCACUCCCAGACCCGCAAGCGGAUCUGACACCCAAUGAAAACAACAGAGCAGCAACGCCUCCACCGCACACCUCCACUCCAACGGUCAACACGCCGCCAUUCUCAUCGGCCGCCCCUUCAAUCCAACCACACUCAUCCGAAACAACCGCCCCACCACCCGACCGCGCUCAAACCCAAUUCGCAAACCUAAUCAAGAAAACCCGGUUCGGCGAGGCCAGCACCAACCCCAUCACCACCCAUACCCAUACCCACUCCAACACCCAAACCAAAUCACCCGCCCACUCAACCCGAUCCUCCCAACCCUCCUCGGGCCGCGCGACGCCUGUUGAGGGUGCGGGGAGGGACACGGAUGUGGGGAAUGGGACCGUUACGGUGGAGCAGGUGACGGAUGAGAUGCUGGAGGAGGGCGUGCGGGGGUUGUUGGAGGAGUAUGAAGGCAAACUAGACCAACUCAACAACCGCAAAGUCCGCAUGCACCUCCAGGACCGCUUCGGCGGCGUUGAUUUGAAACCCCGGAUUUCGGCCAUUAGGGAGAUGGUGGAUCGGUGUUUGGAGGAGCGCGGGUAG